AUGGCGCGCAUGCCGGUGAUUGGACGAUUGUUGUGGUUUGAAUAUCUGGCUCUGUUCGCUUCUUUGAUUCUGGUAUUGCUCGAAUGGGUCAUACAUAUAAUUACAUUUUGUCUGCCGGAAACGGUAAUCAAGUUCUUCUACGACCGGUCGAAAACUAUUUUCAACCUAUUUAUAACUCCUGAAGAUGAAGGCAAGCGCAGUAAAGAAGAACGGAUCGCCGCCGCAGUCGCACAGGCCUCCGACUUUGUAGAUAUAUGUGCUCUGUUUGGCUACCAGACCGAGGAGCAUAUUGUCCAGACCGGCGAUGGCUACCUGCUCGGCCUCCACCGCCUGCCUACCGGCGAGGCGAGGAAAAGAUGCGCGUCAAUCAAGGAAAAGGGGGCUGAGGUGUGGGUGUGUUUGUCAGAAGAACAACGGUGUCUUCCCUUUCAAUUAGUGGAAAGGGGCUAUGACGUGUGGUUUGGAAACAAUCGCGGCAACAAGUACUCCAAAAAGUCCGUGCGGUUUUCGCCCGGAUCUAACGAAUUUUGGGACUUCUCCAUCGAUCAGUUUGCCUUCCACGAUAUCCCCGACAGCAUCAAUUAUAUCUUGGAUGUCACGGGCCAACCUUCUCUCUCGUAUGUCGGGUUCUCGCAGGGCACCGCUCAGGCCUUUGCGACACUAUCUAUCCACCCGCUGCUGAACCAGAAGGUCGAUGUUUUCGUGGCUCUUGCGCCCGCAAUGGCGCCUACAGGCUUGCCAAACCAUUUCGUUGACUCGCUGAUGAAGGCCUCGCCGAAUUUCCUGUUCCUUCUCUUCGGCCGUCGUAGCAUCCUCAGUUCCACGACGAUGUGGCAGACGGUCCUCUACCCGCCUAUCUUUGUUCAGAUUAUCGACAAGUGUCUUCACGGACUCUUCAACUGGAAAUGCCGGAACAUCAGUCGCUGGCAAAAGCUAGCGGGAUAUUUACAUCUAUUCUCCUUCACCAGCACCAAAUCCGUGGUCCACUGGUUUCAGAUCAUCCGACACAAAAACUUUCAAUUCUACGACGACGAGGUUCAUGCUCCAUUUAGCAUUGUGGCUAGCGAGCGAUUCUAUAAGCCGGUCAAGUACCCUACGAAGAACAUCAAGACGCCCAUUGUGCUUCUGUACGGAGGCAAUGACAGCCUCGUGGAUAUUAACGUGAUGCUGAAGGAGCUUCCACGCGGGACCACGGCCAGGAUCAUCCCGAAGUACGAACAUCUCGAUUUCUUGUGGGCUGCAGACGUAGAGCAAGAGGUGUUCAGCCAUGUCUUCGAGGCUCUGGAACGGUAUAGCGGCAUCACCCAGCUCGAGGGGCCGGUGACGGGCCUGAUCAAUGGAGAUGCGGGGCAUGCGAUCGCGAUUUAG